AUGAAAUAGAGACAUUGAAAAGAAAGAAUUUCUGCGUUGUGCACAGGUCCAGAAAUUGAAAAUUUAUUGUGAAAAUUUAUAGUUUUUGCGUUAAUAAUCAAAAAAUAUAGUAUAAAAAAAAUUAUGAAAUCAUUGCGUUGUAGUUUUAUGUAUGCCUUUAAAUAAAAAGUGAUGUGCAGCUGUUGAGUAUUGAAAAAAAGCCUAGACUGUGUUCAAAGUGAAUAAUACCAUUGUGUAAAUUGUCCAAAAGGGGAAAACCUGUAAAGGCCAAAUUAGAAUCCAUAACGCAUUAAUAGCGGCACAUAAAUCAAAGAAAAUCUUAUCACUUAAAAUGCAAUAACUGCAAUAAAUGGAAUAUACUGUAAAAAAAUUAAUGUGUUGAUAUUUGCUUGGCGGAAGCGGUGGUGGUCCGACAGCGAUGUUCAACAGCUGAAUUGGGAGGAAAAUAAGUACUAAAAAAACGGGAAAAAAUUGUGCCAACUACAUCAUAAAUAUUCGUAAUAAAAUUAACGUAGAAAUAAAUCGAAAUAACAAUAACAAAAAACACGCAAAAAAACCAGUAAGAGCAGCUGGCGCAAUUAGCACGUAAAUUGUGACAAAAAUUUGGCAACGUUUCAAGGCAAGUGUCGUUUUAUUAGUAGCUUCAACUUGGUAUUACUCGCAUUUGGCGGGCGCGGAUAGCCCAAAACUCGGUGCACGCACGCACACAAGCGAUUAAGUGAUAAAAUCGUACUUGUGUCGGACGUUAAUGGCCGAUGGAAAUGUUAUGUCAGCAGCUUCCAUAGGACAUGCAGCUGCUGACUACUAUUCAGUAGCACCAGCAACAGCUACAGUGACAGCGUCAUCAAUACCUACAACAACAGUAAUGGCUGCCAAUGCCGGUGUGGGCGGUGUCAUGCAGACCAGCAGUGGUGUAGUAGUUUCCACAGUGGGCAGUAACGUUGGCAAUGGUAGCGGCGGUAAUGGCAGUAUGGGCGGUAGUAAUGUUAAUUUGAAUGGGGCACCAACGACGAUGGGGACAACAGGUGCAGCCAGUGGCAUUGGCAACAAUCAAGGUUAUCACCAAUUAAGUGUGACAAUUGAGGAAGCUUCAUUGCGUAACAAUGGCUUUCUAAAGCCUAAUCCAUACGUUGAAUUAGUAAUCGAUUAUAAAAGUAAACGUAAAACCGAUGUGGUGAAGAAUACUUAUCUACCCAAAUGGAAUGAGGAGUUCACGGUGCUGAUAACUCCGCAUUCCGCGUUGCACAUCAAAGUGCUCGAUCACUCAAGCUUUCGCAAGGAUACUUUACUUGGUGAGCGCACGAUCAGCUUAGCUCAGGUGCUGCAACAAUUCAACGGCAGAUGCGAGUUUCUUGAACUAACAAUGGAUCUGUUGGCCACCUCCAAAUCAGAUAAUCGGCAAACGAAAAUCGGCGAACUGGUCGCCGUGUUGAACGGACUCAAGCUAGACAUGCCCAAUGUGGUGCAGCAAAAUGGCAAUGGCGUGCAAAUGCUACCACCGCCUGGUACAGAUGGUGCUAUAUUGCCACCUGCGGCCGGUCGUAGUUACAUGAUACAAGGUGGCAUACGUGCGCGUAUGCGCGUGCGGAAUGUGGAGAAUGGAACGCUAACUGCAUCGACGGCGGCGGCGGCAUCGGUAGCGGGCAGUGGUGGCAAUGUGUCGCACAUGGCAGUUGCCGGUGGCUCACGUUCGCCCAUAGCCAAUGGCAAUUUGGAACGCUGCAGCAGUGGUAGCUCACAAAGUGGUGCGGUAAGACGUGCUGCGCCGCCACCACCCGUUUGGGAACAACAGCAGCCGAUGCCACAGGCGCAGCCCCAACAUAUGGCGCUACAACAGCAGCAACAACAAUUGCAAGUGCAACAACAACAGCAACCACAAUUACAGGUGCAGCGCAUGCCAUCGAUGAAUGGCGGCACAGUUGGGGUGAGUACGUCGGGUGUGCAAGUGCGUCCCAUGUCGCAAAUGUACGCGAAUGGCAGCGUUAGCGGUCAGGCGUUGUCUCCGCUGCCGCCGCAACAACAACCACAAACUCAGCAACAGUUGAUGGAAAGCGCUUUGUUGGGCGCGGCGGGCGAUCAAGGUGCGCUGCUAGCGCAGGCGGCGAUGCCAGUGUCCAAUGUGGGCGAUCAGCAACUGCAGGCUGCGCAAGCGGACGAUGAACCACUGCCCGCCGGUUGGGAAAUUCGUUUCGAUCAGUACGGUCGCCGCUACUAUGUCGAUCACAAUACACGCUCUACAUACUGGGAGAAACCGACGCCCCUUCCACCGGGCUGGGAGAUACGCAAAGACCCUCGCGGGCGCGUCUACUAUGUGGAUCACAAUACGCGCACAACCACCUGGCAGCGACCGAAUAGCGAGCGACUAAUGCACUUCCAGCAUUGGCAGGGGCAGCGGGCGCAUGUCGUGGCACAGGGUAAUCAACGUUUCCUCUACUCACAACAACAACAGCAGCCCACGGCGGUGACGGCCACAGUGACGCAAGACGAUGAGGAUGCGUUGGGUCCGUUGCCCGAUGGCUGGGAGAAGAAAGUGCAAUCGGAUAAUCGCGUGUAUUUUGUAAAUCACAAGAACCGCACCACACAGUGGGAGGAUCCGCGCACACAGGGUCAAGAGGUCAGCUUAAUGAAUGAGGGCCCACUACCGCCCGGUUGGGAAAUACGCUACACCACCACCGGUGAACGCUUCUUUGUCGAUCACAAUACACGUCGCACCACCUUCGAAGAUCCACGUCCGGGCGCACCCAAAGGCGCAAAAGGUGUGUACGGUGUGCCGCGCGCCUAUGAGCGCUCAUUCCGUUGGAAGCUCUCACAAUUCCGCUACCUGUGCCAGAGUAAUGCGUUGCCAUCCCACAUUAAAAUCACUGUGACACGACAGACGCUGUUCGAAGAUUCAUACCACCAAAUUAUGCGUUUGCCUGCAUAUGAGCUGCGACGCCGCCUUUACAUUAUAUUCCGCGGCGAAGAGGGUCUCGACUAUGGUGGCGUGUCACGUGAAUGGUUCUUUUUGCUUUCACAUGAAGUGCUCAAUCCCAUGUAUUGUCUCUUCGAGUACGCUAACAAAAACAACUACAGCCUACAAAUAAAUCCGGCCUCCUAUGUGAACCCCGAUCAUUUGCAGUACUUUAAAUUCAUAGGUCGCUUCAUUGCAAUGGCAUUGUAUCAUGGACGCUUCAUCUAUUCCGGCUUCACGAUGCCCUUCUACAAGCGUAUGUUGAAUAAGAAACUAACCAUCAAAGACAUUGAGACCAUCGAUCCGGAGUUCUACAAUUCGCUUAUUUGGGUGCGUGACAAUAAUAUUGAUGAGUGUGGAUUGGAGUUAUGGUUUAGCGUAGACUUUGAGGUGCUUGGACAGAUAAUUCACCACGAAUUGAAGGAGAAUGGUGAAAAAGAGCGUGUCACCGAAGAGAAUAAGGAGGAGUACAUAACAUUGAUGACAGAGUGGCGUAUGACGAGAGGCAUUGAGCAACAAACAAAAACCUUUCUGGAGGGCUUCAACGAAGUGGUGCCGCUUGAGUGGCUGAAAUAUUUCGAUGAACGCGAACUGGAGCUAAUAUUGUGCGGCAUGCAGGAUGUGGAUGUGGACGAUUGGCAGCGUAAUACCAUUUACAGGCAUUACAAUCGCAAUUCCAAGCAAGUGAUGUGGUUCUGGCAGUUUGUGCGCGAUACGGAUAAUGAAAAACGUGCACGCUUGCUGCAGUUUGUCACCGGCACGUGUCGUGUGCCUGUCGGCGGCUUUGCCGAACUUAUGGGCUCCAAUGGGCCGCAACGCUUCUGCAUCGAGAAGGUGGGCAAAGAGACGUGGCUGCCGCGCUCGCAUACCUGCUUCAAUCGUCUAGACUUGCCGCCGUACAAGAGCUACGAUCAGCUGGUGGAGAAGUUGACGUUUGCCAUUGAAGAGACUGAGGGCUUCUGCCAGGAGUAGAAGACUAAAUGCGAAGCAGAGCACUAGAGAUGGCGCGGCGGUUAAUGUAUUGUAAUUAGCGAAAACAUUUGAACAGUUAUAUUCACCGUUAUAUUGUAAUUGUAUUGCUAUGCAACGAAAUGCGCCCAAUUUAAUAAUGUUAACGGACAUUUGAUUACAUUUAUUAUUAUUUUAUACACAUACAUGCAUACAAACACACAGCGAUGAUGCAAUGGAUUGCGUGUGUAUGCGACAACAAAUUCGGGGUGAUCUUUUCCUCUUUCGACGCGCAGUUGUUGUUGCUAAGCUUAUUUUGAAACGCAUAUCAUUUCUUUGUUUUGUUGGGAAGUCAAACACAAGAACACAAAAAACAAAAACAAAAACAACUAAAAGCGCUUGUUUUCUUGUAUAAGAUAUACAUAUACAUACAUAUGUACAUAUGUAGUAGAAAUAUUACUAACUUUCUAGAAAUUUGCUAUAUAUGCAUACAUAUAAAGACAUGUACAUAUACCUAUAUGAGUAUGCAUGUAUGCGCAUGUAAAGAGUUUUUGGGCAUAAACAAGUUUUAAUUGAUUUAUAUUAUAUAAAAAAAUAUUUAUAUUUGUGUGGAGGUAUGCAUAUGGCGCGCUCAUAUGCGUGUGCGUGUGUGCGUACAUAUGUCUUACCUACCAGUAACGUUGCCGUCUUGCAGUGAGCACAUUCUCCUUCCUAACUUUAAUCUAAUUUUGUUCAUUAGCAUAUAUUUGUGUAUAUUCCAGUUCAUUGGUCUAAUUUAAUCUUAAAUUUGUAAAUAUCAUCCAGAAUAAAUUUAUUAACGUUAAUUUACAUGCAUACAUUUACUAGUUCGUUACACUACAUAUACAUAUACAUACACAUAUACAUAUAAAAUAUAUAGCACAUUAGUGUACUUUUGAGCAGAAGCGCAGCGCUGAAAUAUUUUACUCUAAUAUUAUUGGCAAAAGACAUGAUUUGAAAACAAUGCGAACAAAAGAAUAUUUAAUUUGAAUUUGAAAAUUAAUUAGAUUCGUAACAAAAAGAAAAACAUUUGAAUUAAAUAGUAAAUUCAUUUCAAAGACAGUAAUGGAGCAUCUAAUGUUCGCUAAGCAAGGGAAAUAUCGCUAAAUCAUAAAGCAAUUACAAAUACAGGGUGUCGCAAAAGUAGCUUACUACCUACUUAAAGAUGUACUUGUUCGUGCAAAAUUGCACCGAUAUUAUUUUCUCCGUUUAGCAAAAAGCGCAUAAAAGUCAAAAUAAAUAUAGUUUUUUAGCCUUACAAAGUUGUAUGAUUGCUUUUGCGUCACACUCUGCAACUGGGACAAAUAAAAUAUUAAAAAAAAAAAAAAAAUGAACAAUUAAUAAGAACAAAAAACAAAAAAACCAACCCACACACAUGGAAAACUUAGCAAAUUGUGUUAGUAGAAAAAAUCAACAAAAAAUUUAUAUCGUGAAGAAAUUGGUACACCGGCAAACCUAAUAUUAAGUCUAAACCUUAUCAAACAUAUACAAAUAAACGCCAUUCAGAUGGGUAUAUAAAUAUGUGUGUAUGUAGUAGUGUUGUUAAAAAAUUCAUAGCGAAAAAAAUGACGCAGAGAAACAAAUGGCGGAAAACUAUUAGUUACAGUUAAAGUAAAGUAAAUAAACUAUAGGAAAACUACUUACAUGAAUAUGCAAUGUGUGUGUGUGCGUGCGUUAUGUAAUUCAAAGAAAAAAAACCACAUGACAGUUAAAUUGAAAGUUUCAGUUACUUGCGUUUGCUAUAUAUUAUAUAUAAAUACAUAUAAAAUACCAGGACAUAUUCAAGCAAAUACUAAAUAUAUACAUUCAUAUAUGAAAAAGAAAAACAACAACAACAAUAUAUAUAAUUUAAAGACAACCUAUAGAUUUUAUUUAGUUUUUUAAAAUAUGAUUGUAUUAUACAGAUAUAUAAAUAAAGCGGCUAAGGUUGUCAAAAAGCAA